AGCUAUGAAGAACAUACUUCUAGAUUUGCUCUUGGUUCCAGUAUACGAUUAAGUUUCUAAAGAAAAUUCUUUAUGACGACGUCUCCUGACGCUGAUCCUUGUAAGAAAUUUGCCUGCAAAUUGCAAAAGUGUUUAAACGAGAAUAUCUACCAACCAUCUCGUUGUCAAGAAGUCAUUGAGGAGUUAAGAAUAUGUUGUAGAAAGUAUUCUAAUCAAUCCACAGUUUGUGAGGGCAUAAAUAUUACUAAGCCAUACGAACAUAAAACUAUUGACUUUCGGAAAGCCUUGAAAUAAAAGAUGAGGGACAAGGUAUUAGGGAAGAGAACUUUGUCACAACGUUUUCCACGUCUCACUAUUUCUGCAGGUAC